AUGAACGACGACGGCGCGGUUCACGAGAAUGAGGAGCUCUCGGGUGGUGAAUUCGGUGCGGAUUCCGAUCCGUACAAAAUGGACGACGGCCACUGGUUGAGGGAGCCCCUAGUUGGCGCCGACGGGAGAUGGGAACUUUGGGCAGCUGUUAUUGACACAGGCUUCACUAUAUAA